UCAGAGUGUCCCAUCCGGGAACUGAUAGAGAGCAAACCAUUAUAUCUAGAAGAAAGACUAUAGGUCUAUUUUGGGACUUUCCCAUCAAUUUUCCUAUUUUAGUCGAAAAAGUAAGUCCGUUGAAGUUGAAGUGAUGAAUAGUAAUCCACUACUUUUCUCUCUGGAAUGCAACCUCUCCCCCUCCCCGACAGGGAUCGCUUUCCUAACUUUCGCUGGCAUUUGAUAUUAACCAUGUGCGUUUCAGUCAUCUAAAAUCAACACAGAAGGCACAGGGAAUAGACAAUCACAUUUGUAACACCAAAAUGGCCUUGGAAAACGUAAUGAAGCGGAUCAAGAGAGCUUUCACUAGCGUCUCUGUGAUCACAUACGUACUAGUGGUAAUUUUUGGUACAGGCUCGUGGAUAGCGGUGAAUGGACUUUGGGUCGAAUUACCCAUCAUUGUCCAAGAAAUUCCUGAAAGCUGGUCUCUCCCAUCCUACCUGACUGUUAUAAUCCAAAUGGCAAACAUAGCUCCGUUGGCUUUUACCCUUGGAAACAAGUUCUUCCCUCGUGUGGUCCACGAGAUUCCCGUCAUUUAUGUCAGCUUGGGAAUUGGCGCGGCGUCCUGUGUUUUGUUGGCAUUUUUUUGGAAGGAAACGUCUUACAUCGCCGGAGCUGAACGAAGCACUACACUCUUAGCAUUGUGUUUCUUUCUUUCCAUGGUUGAUUGUACCUCGUCUGUUACGUUCCUACCAUACAUGGCAAUCUUUCGAGAGGUUUACAUGAGCCCAUAUUUCGGAGGUGAAGGACUGAGUGGUCUUUUGCCGAGCCUAGUGGCAUUAGGACAGGGCGUGGGAGGAGGCACCCAUACCUCUUGUACCACUGAGAGCCCUACACAGGCUCCUCUGAAUGCCACUAAUGGAACUUCAGCCAACAAUACCGACCCUGGUGGCAGGGGACCUGGUCCAAACUUCCCUGCAGAGGGGUUUUUCUGGUUCCUGGCUGGGAUGAUGUUAGCUUCUGGGUUGGCCUUUCUAGGGUUGAAUUACCUUCCUUUAGCAAAACGACAGCAAGUGAAGAAGAACUAUGAUGAAAAUGGCCAAGAGGCUCAGAGUAAUGACCAAACCAUCGAACUUGUUGCAGACGAUGAGCAAAAGGACAGCAGGCAAAAUUCCCAUGACAAUGAAGAUCAUGCAGUGGAAAGUUUGUCAACAAGAGGCACUGUGUUCCUCUUGGUGAUUUUAGCAUUAGUCAGUGGCCUGAGUAAUGGUGUGAUACCUGCCAUCCAGUCAUAUGCCUGUAUUCCUUACAGCUACUACAUCUAUCAUUUGACCCUCACCCUGUCCAACAUUGCCAAUCCAGUCACCUGUUUUGUGUUUCCAUUUAUCCGCACUACCUCAACAGUGAUCAUAGCAGUGCUGAGUUGUAUCUAUUUUGGAAUGUGUACGUACAUUCUCAUCGUGGCAUCACAGAGUCCAAAUGUGCUACUACGCUGUGGAGAUUCUGGGGCUGCCUUGAUAGUUUUCAUCAGCGUUAGUGCUGUUGCUGUGGUAACAUAUGUCAAGGUUGCUAUUGGAGGAAUCAUGCGUGAGAAAGGUCGUAAGCACCUCUUGUGGUAUGGUGUUAGUGUUCAAGCUGGGUCUUGUGCUGGUGCUCUGGCAAUCUUCGCUCCCGUAAAUGUUUUCCAUUUCUUUAAGCAAGCAUGAGAUGUACUGAACGAAAAUAGAUGCAUGUUUUCUCCAAGAAAUUAAUAUAUCAGACAUUAAAAGUAAAAGAUUUCUUUUCACCUAAAGCAAUCUUAUGACAAUUCUUCAAAUUGUUCCUUGUGUUUCUGUACACUUCAUCGAUUUUUAGUGUUUAACAGGUUUUGGAUGCUUCUUUUUGUGUUGUUGUUAUUGUUUUCUUUUCAAUGCAUUACAGCUAUUCGCAGGCCUCAAUGCCAUAAAAAUUUUGGUUGUGAUGGGAUACACAGAAAAAAAUUUAAAGUUUUGUGGUCUAAAUUGCUCAGUACUCAGGUAACAAGUUGUAACAUAUUAAUAUUCGAGUGUUAAAAUGUCCAAAGAGAAGAUGCCAUAAAAUUUUGUGUAACUUUGCUUAAAAUUUUAUUUCCUUUAUUUUGUUUCUUGCUUCUUUUUUAAACAACUGAAUGUUAAUUCCAGUGACCAGUUUAUGAUUUUAGGUAGCCUGAUGGUGACUGGAGCUUUGAGCCACAAUUAAUGUAGAGAAAACUAAGAUAAAUUUAAGUUAUUAGGUUAAAACAAGAAUCCACCUAAUUCUUGUCAUUAAUAAACCAAUUUCAAAAUUGCAUUCCUGUUAUGUAGAUGUUAAAUUCUAACCUAAUUAUAUUUAUAAGAAAGUUGUAAGUUUUAAGGAGCUCUUUCACUGCUUAUGGGGAAAGAUAAGUUGUUUGUCAGGUGAAUUGUUGCAUUCUUAUUGUU